AUGUUGGAGAUGAACUCCAACUACUCCAAGUGGGCGUCCUACUUCAAGGUGCUGUGCGGCAAGUUCGGUCUUCGCUCACACAUUGAUGGCCCCGGCACCCCUCACUCCGUUGACCCCCAGUGGGUCAUCGCCGACUCCUGCGUCAAGAGUUGGCUCUUCGGUUCUGUCGGCGACUCCGUCCUCAACCUCGCCUUGGCCGGCGAUGAUCAGACCGCCCGACAGCUUUGGGCGGCCAUCGAGGACCUCUUCACCGCCAACCAAGAGCCGCGCGCCGUCCUCCUCCUCGAGCAGUUCCAUAUGCUCACCCAGGGCGACUCCACCAUCUCAGAGUAUUGCCAACCCAUCAAGUUGAAGGCUGCCGAACUCCGCGCCGUCGGCCACCCCGUGGAGGGCCGCUCGCUCAUCGUCGCCAUGCUGCAUGGUCUUCACCCUCGCUUCGCCAGCACUGCGGAUGACAUCACCAACUCCACCAUCCUUCUGACGUUCUCCCAUGCCCACGACAUGCUCAUCCUCAUGGAGACCCGGCUGUCCCACGAUGAGAAGGCCAUCGCCAACACCGCCCUCCUUGCCUCCACCGGCUCCGGCUGUACUAGCCCGGUCGGGUGCCUCGCCAGCACCUCCGGCGCCUCCUCCAGUGGCACUGGUGGUGGCCAGAUGGCCCCUCCCAAGCUUGGCGGUGGCUCUGGCAACAAGAAGAAGGGCGCCAGGAAGGGCAAUGGCGGUGGCAACAAUAGUGGUGCCGGCGGUGGCCGCACGCAGCAGCCUGGCAAUAGCGGCGCCCCCUCCUACAGCGCCCCCUAUCCCUACCGCCCCAUGGGCCCCUGGAUUUGCUACAAUCCUUGGGCGCCCCAGGGGCCGUAUCCGUCCCAGCAGCAGGGUCCUGCAGCCGGUGCCUAG